AUGCAGAAGCUUUUUUGCUACUCUAGACCAACAGAGGCAUUGGCACUCAAAUUCUACGCUUCACAAAUCCCUAAAACAAUUGCUGUGAAUUUAAGUGAUAACCUUGUUGUUUAUGAAUAUCCUGUCUUCGAUCCAUAUGAAUACGGAUUAACCUGCGAGAAGUCUCGCUCAACUAAAUGA